AAGCAACAAGUGUAAACAAUGAGCUGGACCAGAUUGCAGAAAGCUGUGAGCCUAAAUUGAAAUGUUUAAUGAAGUUAAAGUCUACUAAAAGUGGUCAUCUGUACUUACUGAUGAAUCCGGUGCGUAUCAUCUAAUGGUGCUCAGCCACUUUCGCUUCCAUCCUGCUAAAUACAGCUGAAGCAUGGGCAGCCUCUCCAGUCCCACUCCGGCUGGAGCUCAUUGUCUGUGGCCUCUCUGCUCCCACACCUGCUGCCUGGAUGCUGAGCAGCGUGUCCGUAAGUGCAAACCUCAAACGGUGAAGGCCCUCACCCAUAGCGGGCCCUCAGCAUCAGCCUCUGAAGAGGAUACAUUUCCAGUCAUCACUCUAGUUGAUGCGUCAGAGUGGCUCGAUGCUGGUUUGCUCGCUGGAGCUUCUUCUCACGGGAGUGGCAAUGACUUCUCAGACAUCAGCUGGGUGGCUUUACCAAUGGGAGCAUUGAGGCGAGAGGAUGUCAGUAUUCCCACUUACAGCUCAGACGUGUCAGAUCACCUGGAGGCACACAGAGAACAUGAUACACCUAAGAUAAAGACCAUCCACAUCGACCUCCCGCCCACUGACACCAGUACAAGCCAGCCCUCAAAGGCCAUGCUGAUGUGGGUUCCCAGUUCUCGUUCUCCUCCACCCCCUGAUUAUCGACACGGCUCCAAGUCUCCUCGACUUACUGUCAAGGAGCUGAUUUUUCAACCUGUGGGUGACAUGGACACACCUGUUGACAACAAGAUGGGAUUGAAUGGGAUUAAAUGGAAGAGUGUGCAGAGGCAGACAUGCAACAUCCAAUCUGUUCAUUCUCAGCCUGACAAGACUUCAUCUUCAGAGGACAGGGCUGACUACGUACCACUCAGCCUCUACCCUGCCCUCAUACCAAGCUCACUCUACCAGCCCAACAGCUCCCUCACAGGUCGUGCUAAAUGCAGGCGUAUGGCUCCUGACAUGUUCAGCCGAAGAUGGACUCGUUAGGAUUGAUGACCUCAGGUUUUGAGAUGGUUAUCACCAAAACCCUGGACAACCUGAAAAUGUCUGUCUCUGAGUCACGUAUUAACAUUUACGGGGCCAAGCCAUAAAUGCGUGGCAAGUGACAAAUGUGACAUGGAGUUAUGUGGUAAACUCCAAACUCCAAGUCCAGCUCCCAGACCUCAUGUACUUUGAAACUAAUACACUCAUAGUUCAGCUCAUUAUAUAUUAUACGACUAAACAAUUACUGGAACAUCUGGAGUGAGCACUACAGUACACAUAACAAAAAUACUACCACUAGUACUACUACUACUAAUAAUAAUAAUAAUAAGCAUUAUUUUAAUAUCACUUUUCAAAGGUGUUUGACAGCUUGACAAAAACAUUUUCCAGUUAUAUGGCUAUAUGGACUACUUUCUUGUGAAAAGUGUUCUUCCUGUUCUAUACCUUGUGUCCACACUGCAUUUUAACUAUCUUAUGACAACCCAAUAUCCUACUGGGAAACUUUUGGACCUGGCAUUCAUUCAUGUGGAUGUUACUUAGACAUGAACCACCCACCUAGACCAGACCAGGAACCCCUGUACAUUCGUAGUGGUACGGAUAUUUUCUUCUUCAUUUUAUUAAUAAAAAGCACACAUGCUUUUAGACUGCAAUUAGGAAUGACUGAAAGGGUUUUCGCUUGAAGACUAAAAACAGCCCAGUUCUAAGUGUCACUGGACAGAAUCUAUCGUCUCUUUUGGUAAAAUGGUUGUCCUUGGGAACAUGACUCAACUUCAUAUGUGGUAUUUUGAAGCCAGAAAAAUCCAGAUUUCAAAAGCAUCUUUAAAGCGUGUUGGUCCAAAGUUCUCACACCCCAAACCUUGAAGAGGUUUCAAUGAACCCUUUGAAUAAGUGACCUCAGCCCAGUUGAAAAUCGGCGCAAACACCCUAAUUUUAGACACCAAUAACACUGAAUAUUUGUCAUCGGGUGUUAGUGCUUGCUGCUACCUACAGAGCAAACAAACCGUCUUGCUUGUUCGCCAAAGGAAACAAACUGUGCUCUGCGCUACGUCAAGGUCGACCGUAGGCUGCCGUGUUUGUUCCUCACACGUACAAUACCUCCUGUGCUGGCAUUUCUCGAUCAAACGUGACCUCAUUCCGGUUUACUGUAUAUCGGCCUUUUCAGUGGCCGAGGGCACAGUGAGCUUUAUGUGUUAGUGUCCCAGUUCCCGAAGGGGAGCCCUGGAACGUUUUCUGUUUACGGCUUAACUGCGAUAACAUUUUCCCCUCUGAAUCACAGGCAGCGCUGUGUGGUGGUGCCACCUUUCCCCUGCCCACUAACAGGACACCCUCUGUCAGUCUGCAACACCACCAGCUCCCACACUAAAGUCUCUUUGAAUUACCUGGUUUGUUUAUUCUAGUGUACUAAAUAUGCAGCGCGCAGCUCAAGUAACCUCAGAUUCACUGCAGGGAAAGGCAGCAUCUGUGUUGAUGGCUCUGGCUUCUGUCAUUUUUGGCUAAAUCUGGCGGUUUCUCCAAUUGUACUGUCUACUUUUCAUGCAAAGGUUCUUUGCCACAGUAUCUGCUAAACAUGUGUGCCGCUUGGUCUUUUUCCCCCCCUGUAUUUUCAUGUUGAGUCUGGGAUAAUGUGGGGCAUAGACCUACACUCAUUACCCUUUUUAUUUGAAAACUGAGUUCACUUAUUUUUAAGGCCUGCUGUCAUACACCCUCCUUUUCUCUGCUUUUACCAAAAUUUCCAAUUCUAAAAUUCAGUGAUAAUACUGACCAAACUAAGGGAAACACAAGGGAAACAUCAUAUAAAACCACCAGAUGUACCCUGAGUGGUCUGAUCACUAGUGCUUUAAGUAGGGGGGGUGAACACACUCAGGACACAUUGAGGCACAAUUGAAUGAUCUGAUCUCAGGCCACAUCUGGAGUUGGUCUGGGACACAUUUGAUGAUCUCUGAGUCACUUUAAGGGCCACCUACUCAGGGAGAUUUUCCUCAUUCAUAAAACAACAGACAGUGGUUAUUAUGAAUGAACACCUGAAAAAGCGCCAUAAGUGACAUGUGUUCAUUUGUAAUGAGAGCAUUUGAAAAUAUUUUAUCCUCAUAGCUGUUAAUUAACUAAAUAAUGAAAAAAUCCACAAAAAUUGAGAUGAUUGAUUAGGAGUCAGUUAUGCAUAAUUCCACCAUAAAAAAAUUGGACUGACAUGUGGUUAAUUAGCCAUCUCAUUGACGACCAGUGUUUUUCUUUAUAACAGUUAUGCUUCAAACACCACAGCAGUGAGAUUAUGUGAAUCGGAUGGACACUUCCUUUUAUAUUCUGGCUCUAAGGGCAGAGAUAACUAAAUAACAGUGUAGCAGACAGAGAUGCUACUCAGCAGCAGUAAAAGUUACUGGUUGUCCAUCAGUACCUGCAGCACACCUGGUCUCGUCAGACACACAAUGGCCAGGUUAUUGCUAGUACUGCUAGCGCUGUGUCCAGUUACUGCUGCUCUGUGCUCCCUGCUGUCAUCACUCCCAUUAGACUCUGUAGAGGAAUGUGCAGGCCGCUGCUUCCCUCUGCCCUGCAGCCUGGGCAGCUGCCAUGACACACCUGCACAUGUCACAUGCAGGGCUCUAGCCCACUUUUUCAUUAACUUUUAUUCACCCCAAGAGUUUAAGACUUCAUGGAGCAGCUUUCUCCUGCUAAUGAAAACCAAACCAACCAAAGAAUUUCAAUCACUCUGCACUGUAGUUUUUACUGUA